CAAUUUCAGAUCCAUCUCGAUGGAGGAUCUCACACCAACUAACACGUCGCUCGACACCACAACUACUAACAAUGACACGACAUCGGAUCGUGAAGCGGCGCCAACGACGCUCAACUUAACACCAACAGCAAGUGAAUCGGAGAACAGCUUAUCCCCAGUCACCGCCGAAGAUCUCAUAGCUAAAAGCAUUAAAGAAGGAUGUCCGAAGAGAACUUCCAACGACUUCAUGUUUCUUCAGAGUAUGGGCGAAGGAGCCUACAGCCAGGUAUUCCGAUGUCGCGAAGUGGCAACAGAUGCGAUGUUCGCCGUCAAAGUGCUCCAGAAGUCGUACCUCAACCGCCAUCAAAAAAUGGACGCAAUCAUUCGCGAGAAGAAUAUCUUAACAUACCUGUCACAAGAAUGCGGUGGUCAUCCGUUUGUCACACAGCUCUACACACAUUUUCACGACCAGGCUAGAAUUUAUUUCGUGAUCGGACUUGUUGAAAAUGGUGAUCUUGGCGAGUCGCUGUGCCAUUUUGGAUCAUUCGACAUGCUCACCUCAAAAUUCUUUGCCUCGGAAAUCCUCACCGGACUGCAAUUCCUACACGACAACAAAAUUGUGCACAGAGACAUGAAGCCGGACAAUGUGCUCAUCCAGAAAGACGGUCACAUUCUCAUCACAGAUUUUGGAAGUGCCCAGGCGUUUGGCGGUCUCCAACUGUCACAGGAGGGCUUUACGGAUGCGAAUCAGGCAAGCUCGCGAUCUUCGGAUUCUGGAUCGCCGCCGCCAACUCGAUUCUAUUCGGAUGAGGAGGUUCCAGAAGAGAACACUGCUCGACGUACCACAUUUGUUGGAACUGCUCUCUACGUGAGCCCGGAGAUGCUAGCUGACGGAGAUGUGGGACCACAAACCGACAUUUGGGGAUUGGGAUGUAUCCUUUUCCAGUGUCUAGCCGGACAGCCACCAUUCAGAGCCGUCAACCAGUACCAUCUUUUGAAAAGAAUCCAGGAGUUGGAUUUCUCGUUCCCAGAAGGAUUUCCAGAGGAAGCGUCGGAAAUUAUCGCAAAGAUUUUGGUGCGCGACCCGAGUACCCGUAUCACCAGUCAAGAACUUAUGGCUCACAAGUUUUUUGAAAACGUUGACUGGGUGAACAUUGCAAAUAUCAAGCCACCAGUCCUGCACGCCUACAUUCCAGCCACAUUUGGCGAGCCGGAGUACUACUCUAACAUUGGGCCUGUCGAGCCGGGACUUGAUGAUCGUGCCUUGUUCCGUUUGAUGAAUUUGGGAAAUGAUGCUAGCGCAUCACAGCCAUCAACUUUCAGACCGUCUAACGUGGAACAUCGCGGAGACCCAUUUGUUUCGGAAAUUGCACCACGCGCCAAUUCGGAAGCCGAAAAGAACCGCGCCGCACGUGCGCAGAAGCUCGAAGAGCAACGUGUCAAAAACCCAUUCCACAUCUUCACCAACAACUCGCUCAUUUUGAAACAAGGAUAUUUGGAAAAGAAGCGAGGAUUGUUUGCCAGACGCCGAAUGUUCCUGUUGACCGAAGGACCGCAUCUCUUGUACAUUGAUGUGCCGAAUCUUGUGCUCAAAGGAGAGGUACCAUGGACGCCGUGCAUGCAGGUGGAGCUAAAAAACUCGGGAACUUUCUUUAUACAUACGCCCAACCGCGUCUACUACUUGUUUGAUCUCGAAAAGAAAGCAGAUGAGUGGUGUAAGGCUAUCAAUGAUGUUCGCAAGCGGUACUCGGUGACUAUCGAAAAGACUUUUAACUCUGCGAUGCGUGACGGAACAUUUGGCAGCAUUUAUGGAAAGAAAAAGUCCAGAAAGGAAAUGAUGCGUGAACAGAAGGCGCUGCGCCGCAAACAAGAAAAGGAGGAGAAAAAGGCGCUAAAAGCCGAGCAAGUGAGCAAGAAGCUUUCAAUGCAAAUGGACAAGAAGUCGCCUUGAAGGCUCACCUCCCUUCUACUCCCCACAAAAUCACCAUCAAACAAAUCACACUUUUGUAUCAUUUUGCGUCCUUACAUCUCCUUUCAUUCCUCACUUUGGUUUUUUCCAACUGUCAUUAAAUAUCUGUAGGUACUGAGAUAUCCCCCCACGUCACACUUGCUCUCAUCACACACAGGCUGUCAUAGUUGUUUCACACCUUUUUACACACUUUUUCUCCAUUCCAACUGCUAGAAUGCACACUGUAGACGUAGACGUCUUUGUCUUGUACUAUUUUGUUUUUUUUUUGCUUAAAUUGGGUUUAAUCCUUUUUCAAAAAUUUCACAAUUUUUAUACACUGCGUACGUAGAACCACACUCUGUUUUUUUUGUCAUUUUUUUUUGUUUCCCUUACAAUGAUCUGUUUUUCUUUUUUUUUCUCCCUGUCGAUUCGUACCAUUUGUUAGCUGAAAAGUUUUCAUAUUGAAAGUUCCUAUAAAAUGAAUUUUUGGCUCAA